CCGUCACUCGCUCGCAAAGCGCAAUUGUCGAUCAACCCUUCGCCCAAUACUUCACUUCUCCCUCGCACUGUUCUGUUCGCGCCUUGUUGUCUUCACUGCAUUCCGACCCUCGAUGGCCGCUUAAAUCCACAACCGCAUCGCGUCCGCUCCCGCUUUGUUGUGAUUCGCACGCGCAUCCGGCCCACAAUCGCGACCGCUAUUGCCGCAACUAACCUGCAUCUCGAACGUUGCGAGCCUCAGACGUCAAACAACCACAACACUUGCUGCCCCUGACACUCGCUUUCAACCCCUCUUUGCUAUCGCGCAUCCUUUCCGACUGCUUGGUUUGUUGUUCGCCGCGCGCGCACUUAGACGCCAUGGCUUCGCACAAGCCCAGCGUGUCUAUCACGCUUCCACGCGACUUCAAAUUCAGUUACGACAACAACGACGAGCCACAGACACCUGCUCGUCCCUCCACUGCCGUGGACUCCUUCGACCUCGAACCGCCCGCGGUUCCAAAACAGACUUUCAAGCUGCGUCGCCGCCCACGCGACCAGCACACUGGCGCAAUGGACGAGGCCCCAAUCCUUCCCAGCGUAGAGAUCAACGAAAGCACCGAGCCGGCUCACUACUCUUUCGAUCACCACAUGUCCACCGCUGGAUACCUCGCACCUCGUCCCGGCCACCUUCGUCUCAAUUCUCCGCCCAAGACACCUGCGUCGCAGGUGACAUCCUACAACAUCGAGACCACGGACGCCACCGAAUGGUCCAUGUUCCACCCCAUACACCUAUCAGAUAUCAUCCAGCGACCUUCCUCGGCCUCGUCGACCUUCUCUGACUCUUCUGCAACUUCAGAUGGCAGCAGCUUCGACUCCAAAUCCUCUUUCGACGCAGGCAGCUGCACGAGCCCUGAAAGCGAAUUCGGUGAUCCUUUCGCUUUCUUCGAACGCAAGUCUGGAGCACCAGGCGCCAUGACACCAUCAAGCGGACUUCCCAACGCCAAACGUGUCAAGACAAUGCGCCAUGCUCACUUCACCCCGGAGAUGGACAACCAUCUUUGGUUCACGUACAUGACCUAUGUCCAGGAUCCGAGGGUCACUCCGUUCAAGAUGCUUCCUGGCACCUCACCACCAUUAGGAGUCUGUCAUCGCGUUGCCCGCGAGGCAAAGGCAACCUGGCGAGGAAAUCGCCUCACGCACGCACCUUACGGUAUCCCGCGUAUCUCAAUCCAGCGUGCAGACUCUCCCGAUACUGUCUGCCAACCUGACGCUAUGGACCAGUCAACUCCAACUGCACCGUACUCACACAACCCUGUCGCACUUAAGUGGCCGCGCUCGGAAGGUGCUGCACGCCGCCGUCUUCGCGAGUUGUGCAAGCGGAAGCCCUCUCUCUCUGCCCACUACAUGAGACUGUUGCGCACUCGCAGUCCUUCUCCAUUCGAGUCUUCGAGCAGCGUCAGCGCUAGUAGUAGUCCUAACCAGCCAGCCGUCCCUGUUGCUCAGCCCCCUACUCCUCAGCCCUCGUCGUUCUCGAGCCGUGAUCUGAAUGUUUCGCUGGCCGAGGCAACUGCACCAUCGAUGCAGCCAGAUGGUCCUCUCGCUCAACUUCACAAGCGCACUCCUCAACCACCCAUGGCCCCUCAGCAGCGUCGUGGCUCGGAUUGGUAUGCCCGUAUUGGCCGCUCUGGAGCACGUGCAGCUCAUCAGAAGAGCCAAUCUUUGCAACUUGGUCUUGGCCUGGGUUCCUCAUCUGGCAUGCAAUCGAACCAUUUUGAGCGUGGCAGCAUUCUUGCUUCACCCUUUGAUGAUAGCGAGCCUGCUCGUCAGAACUUCUUGGACUCUAUGAACAAGACACAAUCUCUUGGACGCGCUUUCUUGAAUAACAACGGAAGCCGCCUCACAGAUGCAGGCCCAUCGUUGCGUUCUCCCUUCCCGCUCGACGGUCCUAUGCCGAGCGCCAGAUCCCUGAAGCGCAGAUUCGGUGUUGAUGAGCAAUCGGCCUCUCAGCAACCAUCCCUAGAAGACGUCUUCACAGCACCUCCAGCAUCGUCUCAUCAUCCCAUGCGCAAUCGUGGUUUCAGUCUGAGUGCUGUGCCGAUGGGUGGCAUGACACAAAACGCGAACACCGACUUCCCCUUCGCGCCUGGUCCGUCGACUGCAGAUCACAAGAUGGGCGACGCCUCGGACAGACUCAAUCUACCCAAGGUCGCACAGCCUCCAAGACUUGGUUCGCCUUUCUCUGGCGUACUGUCUUCUUUCCUUUAUGUUGUCCCUUUGACGAAGCAACGAGACCAGGGAUCUGAGCAACGCAGCAAUUACACAAAUGCAUAG